AUGUCAUCAUUCCCCAGCUUAGUCGUAACCAAGGGCUCUGCUGGGGGAGGAGCCCUCGGUCGCCAUCACUCAGAGCCUGAGCCACUUGAAGUUUGUACUACUGGGAGUUGGGAAACUGAGGAUUUUUCUUUCAACACUGGACAGUCCUUUUUCCAAUGUCCCCACUUCUUACAAAGGCACUGUCCCCCGGCCCCUCCUCUCGGGGCGGUGCCGGGGGCUGUCGGGGCCGUGCCCCUUGCUGCCAGAGCCCGCCUUCCUCCUCUUUCAUUAACCCGGGCCCCGCCUGACCCGUGCCCCUCCUUUGCGGGGCUGCGGGAGGAGGGGCUGCGGCCUGGCCCGAGCCCGCGCCCAGCACAGCCGGGACCGAUCCCGCCCGCAUGGCCGGCGUCACCAGGUCCAUCUCUGAUUCCUCUGGACUUUUAUAUAAGGGUUCUUGGCUCUGAUAUCCCUGGACCUGCGUUGGACCUUUCCAGAGCUGUUGGCCUCAGUCCAGGGACUUUCCAGAUGCCUUGCCCUCCUGCCUGGCUCGCCAAAAACUGUUGCCUUUUUGCGCUGGAACAGAGAACACACGGGUUAGGGGGAAUAAAAGGGUAUUUAUUGAAAAGGCCUCCAAGGCCACACCCCGGCAGUCACAGUGCCACAGCGUGGCCCCUGCCCUGUCCGAGUGGCUCUCAGGUGGAAGGAAAGAGAGAGAGGUCACAUGAUUUUACACUUCUUAUAAGCUCUGGCCAUCCAAUCAACAGUUUCAAUUUGUAGGAUGUCAUUUCCCUUUUCUCCUGGCCAAAUCGUCCUCUUCUCAUAUUGUUUAUACUCAAGGCCUGGAGCCUAAAGACAACUGUCCUUGAAGUCCAUAGCUGGCAUCAGACUGCUGCGUCUUCCCCACUCCAAGCACCACAGAGCACACUCAUGCAGAACAGAAAACUCUCAGAUCUGA